AUGAAGACCAUGUUUGACAUGAGGACCAUAAGGCUGGUGAUCCUGGCUGUGGUUGCUGUGGCAGUGGCUGAUAAACUGCCUGUCCUGCCCGUAGCCAUCCUCCGCAGCCAGCAAAUCAACCCCGACGCUGCUGGUGCCCACAGUUCCAACUUCGAGGCCGAGAACGGCAUCCACUUCGAAGUUUCUGGCAAGGAAGGAGUUGAUGGAGGAUCCAACAUGGCCGGCUCCUUGAGCUACCCUCAGGAGGAUGGCAGUGUAGCGUCAGUACAGUUCGUAGCUGACGAGAACGGCUAUCAGCCACAGUCUGACUUGCUGCCCGUGGCUCUUGCAUUCCCCCACAAAAUCCCUCAGUUCGUCCUCGACCAGAUCAAAUUCGCCGAAGAGGAGAUGAAGAAGAAGGCUCAAGAGCCAUAAGACUCGAAGGGAGGCAAUCCAGGCUAGGAUUUAAGAGGAAAUUUUCUUGGGUAAGACGUAUGAGCAGAGUGACAAGGGUAAGACCCGAGAGAAAAUUGCCUUUGUUAAAUUAAACAAACGGUAGUCUGUGCCGAGUCAGACUUAACAGUCUAUACUGAGUCAGACUCGAAUAACAGUCAAGAAAAUGCACCUCGAAUGCUGCCAUGGCUGGAAGUGACUUAUUAUGGGGGUUUAACUUCACCUAGUCUUCCUCGCUUUAGUCUAAAUGAAGUCUUAUGUUUUCAGAAAAUUUACACGUAUAGUCACUGCGUGACGAGUUCUGUGUGGUGUAUUUAUUUGUGAACCUUUGU